AUGGAACCCGAGCUCACCACUUGGCGGUCUGGUAGGGAGCGUCAGAGGAAAAUUCCUGAACCUGGCCCUGAUCGUUCGGUUGACUUCAAUAAUCGCCAGCAACUUGAUGAACGAAGGAAUCUUUACGUCCUUGGCAUCCCUCAACACUUUACUCUAGAACAGCUUAGAUCCAUAUUCGAGUCAUACGGGCGCGUGUUGCAUGCCGUUAUUCUUGCUGUGCUCGAUGCCUUCUCCCGUCGCCGAGGUUUCGUGGUGAUGUCCGCUAAUCAUGAAGCUGUGAAUGCAAUGAAACGAUUGUCUGGGAAAGUAAUUCAAGGCCAUAAGCUGCACAUUUCUUGGGCCGUCGUGCAACGCUCUAAUGGAUUUUUGGAUGGCACUGAUCGUGCAUCGUUUACCCGUAUCCUCGGUACUCCUCGCUCCGUGCUGUAUGAAAUUCAAAGGACCACUACCUCUGACAACGAACUGCUUGCUGCUCCUGUGUCAACCAAAUCUCUUUCGCUAGCUUCAGACAGCAUGGACAAUACCCCGUCUCAGCCCGAGUUUUUGCUCAUUUUCAAUUUGCACCAACGCAUCUUCAAAUCAUCCUCCGAUAUCGUACCACUAGUUCUUCCAUAUGGAUCCAUUCGCAACGUAAAGCUGCUCGGUACGGGGCUCGCGGCGGUAAAUGCCUGUAACGGAACCUUGCCCGCCUCUCGCCAUUAUGCCGCGUUGAUUCGAUUCGUCAGCAGUGAUGAUGCUUUAGUAGCCGGCAAGGCACUGGACGGACAGACAUACAAUGUUGACGUCGGUUAUCCACUCCGAUGCUUCGUGCUUGAUGAUUCAGAUGUUGUCUUUACAAGCAGUUCUUGCCCACCGAUUAUGUCGGAGUGCAACGCUAUUAUUGAUUGA